AUGGAGGUGGCUUCCGAUGCGUGUCCCGCUGCGGAGAAACCGCAAGGAAACGUCCACUCCCCACCAGAGGAGGCUCCCGCAUUCUGCUCGGCGGAGAAUCUGAAGGUGGCCGCGGUGCAGGCGGUGGGCGGGACGAUGUAUGGAGUCGCGAUUGGCUUCGUUGGCGUGUACGCCUAUUUGUACCUGAUGUCAACUGACUGCUCCAUGUACAAGUCGCGGACGGCCUGCGACACCGUAUUGAACGCGGAAUGUGGGUGGAACGCGACUCGAGGGGAAUGUGGCUGGAAGAGCUUCACUUGUUAUUGGGCCUACGGCAAGAAUGAGGCGCCGUGCCUCGCGGACGACAGGUGCAAG